UUGCAUCUCUCCACAAAUUGCUCAUAUGUGCUCUUCUCUCCUUUAGGUGCACUGUCCCAGAACCAGGUCCACCCACUCCUGGGCUCCUUGCCUCUGCCGGGUCGACCUCUUCAGCCACAGAGUCACGCUCAGCUGGAGCACUUCCUGCCACUCAGAAUCAGCCGCUCCUCACCACUUAACCUCUUCCCAAAUUUUAACGCUAUGGACCCAGUGCAGAAGGCUGUCAUCAACCACACCUUUGGCAUGUCUCAACCCAAGAAGAAACCUAUCGUCUCAUGUAACAUCUGUCACCUACGCUUCAACUCCACCACCCAGGCCGAGGCCCACUACAAAGGUCAUAAACAUGCUCGGAAGGUAAAGGCCUUGGAAAACCAUAGGAAUCGACAGAGGAACAGACUAAAUGCAUCCACAGCAGGAAAGGAUGGAGAUAGAGGCAGAGAGGGGGCGCCAAUGGGAGGCGUAACAAUGCCUAUAGACCUGCCAUUGAAAGACAGAACAGACUCAGGCUCUCCAGCCCAACCUGCACUGCAGCAGCCUGAGAACAACCAGGAGAGCUCAGUAGUAACAACGUCAUCCUCGCAAACUUCAAACGCAGACUGCUCCUCUCUCCCCUGUCCUCAACAAGUCUCCCCUGGUUCUCAGCUGUCUGAUCUACCUUUGGAUGCUCCACAUGCGGAUGGCUACAUCCCAGCCACUGACUCAGCCCCACACUCCGACCCUCAGGGAAACUCCACGGCAAGCGGGGAGGAGGCAAAAAAGUCGCAAGAGGAGGCAAAAAAGUCGCAAGAGGUUAAAGAGGCCAAGAGCAACAAAAAACAUUUCCACUGUCCAACGUGCAAAGUGACGGUCAAUUCCAGCUCUCAGUUGGAGGCUCACUGUAGCGGGUCUAAGCACAAACAAAUGCUGGAUGGUCCAAACAGCAGUAAGUCACAUCGCAGGGUAAAGAUGACGUCAAUCCCAAGACCAAAAGCUCGACUGAAACAGCGGAUAGGCAGCAAGAGUCGAGCAGUUGGUGGUGCCACAAAGCAGGCUUUUCACUGUGAACUGUGCCAGGUGUCCGUCAACUCAGAGACACAGCUGAAGCAGCACACAAACAGCAGGAGACACAAAGAGCGUUUGGCAGGGAGACCAGUCAAGGCCAAGUUCGCCCCUUAUAAUAAACUCCACCCCAAUGCUCUCUUUGCUACUAAGCUGGCACUCCAAAAGCAGCUAUCCAAAGCCCUGCCGGCAGGGUUCCUGACCAGUCCGCUCAAUCCAGCUGCACUGUGCACAAUGACAUCCGGACCUUUAGCACUUCGACUGCCUCCAGGUCCGACAGCUAUUAUCCAAGGUCCUCUUAUUAGCCCUACACUCUUCAGGCCAGCCCCAGGACCUCUGAGGGCCACACAUGCACCGAUUAUCUUCUCUCCAUAUUAGCAAAGAGCAUUUGGAUUUGGGACGUACAGUAGAGUGAAUCUAAUCUAGCAAACUUAAAUGGUUAGUUUUGCCAGCAUUGGUAAGUACAGAAAAGCCAGAAUGAAGCCAGGAGAUAAUGCAAGCCCAUUGAGGACAAGACCAUGGGUUUGGCUGGUACAAGUCAUAAGAACCGCUGGUCCAGACUGAUCUUUUAAUGCUGAUUGCUCAGAGCUUCACCUUUACACAUGGAGGGACCAUCUCUCAGUUGUUUCAUGUCAGCUAACAUCUGAGUGCAUGUUCCUAAGGGUCUGGACCUAUCUGCAAGCCAUAAUGAUGCACACGUUUUAUUUUGAAUUUUAUAUAUACUUAUAAAGUAUAGUGUCAAAGUGAAUAAGUGUUGUUGCCAAAAUGUCUUUAACUUUAAGGGUUUCUAGUGGUACUGUGGGAUAACAAGAAAAUGACUUUGUCCAGGCUUUGGUUUCCAUAACCAAAUCCAAAGCCUGAAAGUACAACCACGUGUUAAUUUCCCAUAAACUGGUUUAUUCUAUAAGACCAGCAUUAAUUUAUGAGGUAAAAUACAAUGAACAUCUACAAUUUUGAACUGCUGAGUAUUUUGUAUGUCAAAAAAGUUUAAUUUUUCGGAUGUUUGUCUGGUAUGGAUCUUCUUUUUUUUUCAUUUCAGAUCCUCAAUUCCCCUCCUGUUUCCCUGUCUAUUGUUUUUUGUGUAACAAGGUGACAAUCAACCUAGUGAUGAUAGAGUGCAUUUAAUGUGUAAAAUGGAAUGGUUUAGAAUAAAAAUAAAUAUUGAAAAAUGAAAUUUCUUUGAAGCAAACCAUUAUAAUGUGUUUUUCAGUUGAUAGUUAGGUAGAUUCAUAGGAUGUCACACUAAGUCACCAUGUUUACUGCAGCAUUUAUAAGCAGGCUAAGGUGCAACACAAUAUGAUUUCUGUUUACACAACAUACAGAUGUCUCCACAGCACAACUGAUGAGAUCCAGUGCACUGAUUAAUACACUGAAAUGUCCUUAUAUCAACAUAAAACUGUUAUUGCCUGUUUUGAUCCUCUUGGUAAAUGUUUCAAACUUGCUUAUAAAAAAUUAAACAUGGAGACUCAAAGAAAGAUGUUUCCUGCACAUAAUGGCUUUACAGAAGCAGGUCAAAGGAAGCAUAAAGUAUUCUUUUUUUUUUAAAUGUGUCAUUCUCAUGUUUAUUUUUAUAGUGAAUGUUUUUUUUAAAACUGAGUAUUUUCAGUAUAGAUAUUUCCCCCCUGCAUAGCUUUGCUGAAUCACCUUAAGCAAUAUUUAUUUUUAAGUGUCACUUGUUAAGAUUAAUAAUUAGUGUAGCUGUGCAUUUUUUGCAAUAAUGUAAAUGAUCAUGUGGUAAAACUGUUAAUACUGUAUUCCAAAUGAACUAUAAAUAGUCCCU